GACAUUAUAAUAAAUUAGUGAAUAUUAUUAGCAUCAAUUCUAAUAAAACCAAUGUUAAGUAUUAAACUCAAGAUGAUGUCAUGUGUCAAGCAUCAAUAUCAGUUUUGUUUAGAACCAAUGUUGUUUUGUCAUCGUUGUACCCGUCGAAGGCGUUGCUUGUCACUACCUCUCUUUGUGUUUGUCAAACUAGUUUGGAGCCCUCGCCCCUCAUUUCAAUGUCGGUCCUUGCCUUUUGUUGCCGCCGUCAUCGAUUUCAGAUUCAAAUAUUAUAUUAUUUUGCUAUUUUCAGUUUCUUAUUUCUUCCUUAAAUCAUUGUUAGGGUUCUAGGGUGUGAGCUUGAUUAUGGAGUGAGAGAGUGUUGGGUUCCAGUAGGGUGAUUUUUCAUACUCAGUGUAUGGUGAAGUGUUGUUGAUGAUUAAGGAAGUGGUGCUUCAUUUGAACUGUGGAUAUAAAUUUAUCAAACUCAUAAUUUCUCAAAAUCCUUAGUGGGAGGAAGAGAUGAUUCUGACUCAGAAGCUUCACAACGCUUUCAAAGGCACUGUCGAGAAGAUCACUGGCCCCGAACCAUUUUCGGCGUCAAAGAAAAAGGAGUUCUCAAUGUCUCUAAGCUCGUCACCGUCGGUGAUAAUCUCGUUGCCAAAUGCCCCACCUGGUCCUGGGAAUCAGUAUGGAGUCUGGCAACAAAGUGGAUUGUGGCCUCAUAUUGAUUUAUUAUUGUUGAUCUAUAAAUCAUUUAAGGAUCUGUUUUUCAAACUACAUGGACUCUUAAUCGAAGGACCGGUUUCAAACUAUGGUUAUGUCAUGUCUAUGUGGACUGUGGAGCAUUUGGAGGAAAACAAAUGAAAUAGUGUGGAAUGUAAAGUUGGAACAAGCUGAUGCAGUGUCGAAUAGAGCUACUAAAAUGAUCAUUGAGUGAACUUUUGUUUAGGGAACGUGAGUGUUUGUGGAUGACCCUAGGGCUAGCAAACACAUCCAAGCAAGUUCUAAGAAGGUUAUCAUCACUGCUCCUGCAAAGGGUGCUGAUAUUCUAAUGUAUGUUGUUGAAGUAAAUGAAGGGGACUAUACUCAUGAGAUCUCUAGCAUUAUAAAGUCUGUGACCAACUCAAGAGUUUACACAGACUCGUGAGAGUUUCAUAGACUUGACUUGUAGACUCGUAAGAGUCUACUUCAUAUAAAAAUAAUAACAAAAUAUCUAUAAU